AUGUCCGAUCAAAACUUUCAUCCAAGCAAUUACAGCAAAUUGCGAAGUACCUACAAAUACUAUAUCGAUAUAUAUAAUGCGUUGUAUCAGUUGAAAAAAGAAAAAGAAGAAGAAUUAAACUCGAUUUACAAGAUUAUCAAAAUAGAAUUGAUUGAUUCAAAUAAAUAUCCUCCCCAAAAUAUGAUAAAAGACAUUUUAAAUAUCAUUCCGUAUAAUAAUCGCUUUGCAAAGUCAUAUUUAACUCUUGCCAAACUCAUAUCUGAUGAAUAUCAUGUCAAAGAGGUCAACAGCGUCAGGAACGUUUCAAAAUUCCUUUUUUAUAAAGAAUAUGGAAUUAAAUCAGACAAAUCUGAUGAUUUCCAAAAAGAUUAUUUUAACAAUCUCGAAAUUCACAUAGAUGAUACAAUAUACAAAGCAAUUAUGAAUAAUGACUUAGAAAGAUUCAUUGCAUUCACAGAAAGAGAAUGGUUUGAUAAAAAUCAAAGUGUUAAAAGCAGUUUAUAUCCAUAUUCCGACGAAGGAUAUUCAUUACUUGAAUUAUGUUGUUACCAUGGAGCAGUUGAUUGUUUCAAGUUCUUAAGAACAAAAUUUAACUCAGAAAUAACUCAAAAAUGCCUCAGAUUUUCAUUUUUAGGAGGAAAUCCAGAGAUCAUGAGUGAAUGCUUGAAACAUCAAGAACCAGAUAAAGAAUGCAUGGAAUAUGCAAUUAUUUCACAUAACAUUGAUUUUAUUACAUUCUUGAUGAAUGAGUACAAUAUAGAGAUCGAUUUAAAAUACUGUGGAGCUUACAAUAACCUUGAAUCCUUUUUAGUUUGUUUUGAUCAAACUGAUGAUUUUAUCAAAUUUUUUGUUUAUUCACCGAUGUUUAAUAUUCCAUCCCUUUUCGAAUACUUCCUCUCACAUGGUGUGAAUGUCAAUGAAAAAUAUAAAGAUGGAGAAACUGCACUUCAUAUUGCAGCAUGGAAUAAUAGUAAAGAAACUGUUGAAUUUCUUAUUUCAUAUGGCGCAAAUAUCAAUGAAAAGGAUAAAGAUGGACGAACCACACUUCAUAUUACAGCAUGGAAUAAUAGUAAAGAAAUUGCAGAAGUUCUUAUUUCACAUGGUGCAAAUAUCAAUCAAAAAGAUAAAGAUAGAGAAACUGCACUUCAUAUUGCAGCAUCGCAUAAUAGUAAAGAAACUACCGAAGUGCUUAUUUCACAUGGUGCAAAUAUCAAUCAAAAAAAUAAAGAUGGAGAAACUGCACUUUAUAAUGCAGCAUGGAAUAAUAGUAAAGAAAUUGCAGAAGUUCUUAUUUCACAUGGUGCAAAUAUCAAUCAAAAAGAUAAAGAUAGAGAAACUGCACUUCACAUUGCAGCAACGCAUAAUAGUAAAGAAACUGUUGAAUUUCUUAUUUCACAUGGUGCAAAUAUCAAUGUAAAAAUAAAGAAGGAGAAACCGCACUCCAUAUUGCAGCAUGGAAUAAUAGUAAAGAAACUGCCGAAGUGCUUAUUUCACAUGGUGCGAAUGUCAAUGAAAAAGAUAAAUAUGGAGGAACUACACUUCAUGCUGCAACACGGAAUAACAGUAAAGAAACUGUUGAAUUUCUUAUUUCACACGAUGCAAAUAUCAAUGAAAAGGAUAAAGAAGGAGAAACUGCACUUCAUGUUGCAACACGGAAUAAUAGUAAAGAAAUUGCCGAAAUGCUUAUUUCACACGGUGCAAAUAUCAAUGUAA